CCCACAUUCCACAGCCGUAAAAGCACGUGGUAGAUGGAUUGUAAACAGGUCCAUCUUUACUCUGUAAAUAACUUCAUCAAAAACAAUGUCGACUCCAUCGAGAUUCCAUAUCAGAUAUCACAUUUGGAUUCCCAAUAAUGAGAUCAAUGAUCCGCACAAGACGGUCAGGGGCGGCAGAACGGACCCUGAUUGGCUGCUUAAUCAUCCAUGCUCCUAGUAAGAGUCGUCCAACUCACCCAGCGUCCAUCUUCUUUCUCUUCUUCUCUUCUUCCUCCAACGUCGCCUUUGCUGGCUUUUUUUCUCUCUCCGCCACCGCUGGAAUAGCUGCCAGUGUUCUCUAUCUCUACAUAUUCUCUAAUUAAUUUUCCCGUUUCUUCAUCCACAAUGAGAGGCGAGAUCUGCCAUCUUCACAUCGGCCAGGCUGGUACCCAGCUGGGUAACAGUGCUUGGGAGCUUUACAUGCUCGAACAUGGUCUGAAGGCUGACGGUCGUGUCGACCCCGAUGCUAAUGAUCUCGCUGAGGGUGGCUCUCACGACACCUUCUUCUCCGAGACCAGCAGCGGCAAAUAUGUUCCCCGCUCCAUCUUUGUCGACCUCGACCCAUCGCCCAUUGACCAAAUCCGCACUGGCGCCAACCGCCAGCUCUUCCACCCCGAACUCUUGGUGAGCGGAAAGGAGGAUGCCGCCAACAACUAUGCUCGUGGCCACUACACCAUCGGAAAGGAGCUCGUCGACGAUGUCAUUGACCGCAUUCGCCGUGUUGCCGACAACUGCUCGUCCUUGCAGGGUUUCUUGAUCUUCCACUCGUUCGGUGGUGGUACUGGCUCCGGUUUCGGUGCGUUGCUGCUCGAGCGUCUUUCCACCGAAUAUGGUAAGAAGUCUAAGCUGGAGUUUGCCGUCUACCCAUCCCCUCGUGUCUCGACUGCCGUUGUCGAGCCCUACAACGCCGUCCUGUCCACCCACAGCACCAUUGAGAACGCGGACUGUACCUUCUUGGUCGAUAAUGAGGCAGUCUAUGACAUUUGCCGCCGCAACUUGGACAUCCCUCGUCCUAGCUACGAGCACCUCAACCACUUGAUUGCCCAGGUUGUCAGCUCCAUCACCUCUAGUCUUCGUUUCGAUGGUGUCCUCAACGUCGACCUGAACGAGUUCCAGACCAACCUGGUGCCAUUCCCUCGUAUUCACUACCCUCUGAUCUCCUACGCCCCUGUUGUUUCCAGCAAGCGCAGCUCUCACGAGAGCUUUAAGGUCCAGGACUUGACCUUCCAGUGCUUCGAGCCUAACAACCAGAUGGUCGUCUGCGACCCCCGCAAUGGCAAGUACAUGGCUGUCGCUUUGCUGUACCGUGGUGACGUCGUGCCCCGCGACUGCACCCAGGCCGUGGCUUCCGUCAAGGCCAAGGCCUCUUUCAACCUUGUCGAAUGGUGCCCGACUGGUUUCAAGCUCGGAAUCAACUACCAGAAGCCCAUGCGCGUCCCCGACAGCGAGCUCGCCCCUGUCGACCGCUCCGUCAGCAUGCUGUCCAACACCACCGCCAUCUCCGAGGCAUGGAGCCGUCUUGACCACAAGUUCGACCUCAUGUACUCCAAGCGCGCUUUCGUUCACUGGUAUGUCGGUGAAGGUAUGGAGGAGGGUGAGUUCUCUGAGGCUCGUGAGGACUUGGCCGCUUUGGAGAAGGACUACGAAGAAGUCGCCGGCGACAGCAUGGAUCAGGAGCUUGAGGAGGAGGUCGAGUACUAA